AUGCUCGACAUUUCAGUCCGAACGGCAGCGGGCACUAAAGUUCUUCCAGCCAUUCUCGUCUUUGAAGACCUCCCUGCCGACAUGAUCCUUGGUGCUGAAUUCUUGCUAUCUGAUGACAUUGAGCUCACCAUACAUCGUGGCCACGUCGAGCUCCGGUCUUCGACAGCUGGGACUACCGCCACAACCCUGCCACCACCGACAGUGUACACCAGCAAGCGCAGCAAGCGCAGCAGCAAGCCUGUGGUUCUGUCGUCCGACAACUACUACGACAAGCACUAUUACGACGACAAGCACGACGAUGACGACUACUACUACGACAACCACAUCGACAACUACGACUACCACGACGACAACAACUACGUCAACGACUUCAACUACUACGACAAGUACGACGACUACGACUACCACGACAACUACAACUACGACAUCCACAACUACGUCGACGACGACUUCAACUACGACGACAAGUAUGACUACCACGACGACUACAACUACUUUUACUACUACAACUCAUCUUUUUUCGUCAUCCUACUGCAGCUGCUUUCCAACAACUACUACGACAAGCACUAUUACGACGACAAGCACGACGAUGACGACUACUACUACGACAACCACAUCUACAACUACGACUACGACGACGACAACAACUACGUCAACGACUUCAACUACUACGACAAGUACGACGACUACGACUACCACGACAACUACAACUACGACAUCCACAACUACGUCGACGACGACUUCAACUACGACUACAAGUACGACUACCACGACGACUACUACUACGACAACCACGACGACUACGACUACAACCACAACUACAUCAACUACGACUACAACUACGUCGACGACGACUACAACCACAACUACGACUACCACGACUACUACAACUACUUCGACUACCACGACCACUACCACUUCAACCACCACGACUACGACUACCACAACGACUACGACUACUUCGACUACCACGACCACUACCACUUCAACUACCACGACUACGACUACCACAACGACUACGACGACUACUACUUCAACAACCACGACUACGACUACCACGACGACUACGACCACUACUACUUCAACUACCACAACCACGACUUCCACAACGACUACAACCACUACUACUUCAACUACCACGACUUCAACUACCACGACGACGACGACCACCACGACAACUACGUCUACCACGACUACUACCACAACAACUACGACUACCACGACCACCACGACAACUACGUCUACCACGACUACUACCACAACGACAACUACGACAACUACAACGACAACUACAACGACAACUACGACUACCACAACGACUACCACGACGACUACCACGACGACUAG